UCUGCUCCUAAGCUGUGUCAUCCUCCACCCAUAGGCCCCCGUGGCCUCCCCAGCAGCUGCUGGCCUCCGGUCCCGCCCACCACCACCAACAAACAUCCCUGGAUCAGGGGUCAGGCGGGCACCGGCAGCAUGGGGCUCCUGGGACCGCUAGGCUGCCGCUGCGCCCUCCUGGGCUUUCUCCUCCUGUUCCCUCCAGCCUCCUCCUUCUGGCUCUUCAAUGUCCUCUUUCCCCCAAGUGCCACCCCCAAGGCUGCCCUCAACAACCACACGAGACCUGUGGUGCUCGUGCCUGGCUGCUUGGGGAACCAAUUGGAGGCCAAGCUGGACAAGCCCGAAGUGGUCAACUGGCUGUGCUAUCAGAAGACGAAGGACUUCUUCACCAUCUGGAUGGACCUCAACAUGUUCCUGCCCCUCGGGGUUGACUGUUGGAUUGACAACACUAGGGUGGUCUACAACAGGACCACAGGACAAAUGUCUAAUGCUCCUGGGGUACAGAUUCGAGUUCCAGGCUUUGGCAAGACCUAUUCUGUGGAGUAUCUGGACCCCAACAAACUGGCAGGCUAUAUGCACACAUUAGUGCAAAAUCUCGUCAACAACGGGUACGUGCGGGAUGAGACAGUCCGGGCUGCACCUUACGAUUGGAGGCUGGAUCCCACCCAGCAGGAAGAAUACUUUAAGAAACUAGCAGGGCUGGUGGAAGACAUGUAUGCUGCCUACGGGAAGCCCGUUUUCCUCAUUGGACACAGCCUGGGCAACCUUCAUCUGCUGUACUUCCUUCUGCACCAGCCCCAGGCCUGGAAGGACCGAUUCAUUGAUGGCUUCAUUUCGCUGGGAGCUCCCUGGGGUGGCUCCACCAAAACCAUGAGGGUCCUGGCUUCUGGUGACAACCAGGGGAUUCCACUCAUGUCGAACAUCAAGCUUCGAGAGGAACAUCGGAUGACCACUUCCUCUCCGUGGAUGUUCCCUUCCCGCCUAGCUUGGCCUGAGGAUCACAUCUUCAUCUCCACACCAAACAUAAACUACACCUUUCAAAAUUUCCAGCGCUUUUUUGCAGACCUGCACUUUGAAGAUGGCUGGUACAUGUGGCUAAACAGCCGUGACCUGUUGGCAGGGCUGCCUGCUCCAGGCGUGGAGGUCUACUGCCUCUAUGGAGUGGGGCUACCCACCCCCCACACCUACAUCUAUGACGAGGGUUUCCCCUACAAUGACCCCGUGUCCGUGCUCUACGAGGAUGGCGAUGACACUGUGGCCACCCGGAGCAUGGAGCUCUGUGCUCGCUGGCAGAGCCAGCAACCCCAGCCGGUCCACGUGUUCCCAAUCCCUGGCCUGCAGCAUCUCAACAUGGUCUUCAGCAACCAAACAUUGGAUUACAUCAACUCCAUCCUGCUGGGCACCUAUCGAACAAAGGCUGCAAAUGACUCCCACCCAGACCCUGCCCCCGCCAAGGACUCCCACCUGGCCUCUCCUCCCAGGAACACAGACACAGACAAGGUCACAGACCACAUAUGAGGGGCUACUCGUCCACUCCAGUUGGCCAAAAGGGCAGAAGGUGCCGCCUCCCUCUAACGCUUGGCUCUGUCCCUGACUUUGAGGUCCAUCCUGUUACAGUCCUGCUAGGGACUGAGGAGACAUCGGACUUCAUGAAUAAAAAUGUCUUUUUCUUUGAAGCCCAGCUCUGGAGUGACUAGGGAGAAAGGAGGGUCUGACUCUCUGGAAGUGGGAAGGGGAGAACAAAUAAUAAACAUUUAUUCAGCA